AUGGCCUCCACAAGCAGCAGCCAAACACCUCCUCCUCCAUUUGCACACGACGUUUUCCUGAGCUUUCGCGGCGCCGACACUCGUCACGGCUUCACAGCCCACCUCUACGGAGCCCUAAUUCGGAGAGGAAUCAACGCGUACAGAGACGACAACGAGCUGGCCAGAGGGGAGACCAUCGAGCCGUCGCUCCUCCGCGCAAUUGAAUGUUCGAGAUUCUCCAUCGUCGUGUUCUCCAGAGGCUACGCGGAAUCUCCCUGGUGCCUGGACGAAUUGGCGAAGAUUGUCGAUUGCAGGCGGCGGCUGGGGCAGGUUGUUCUGCCUGUGUUUUACGAUGUCGAUCCCAUGGUUGUGGCUGAACUGAAUGGAGAGUACGGCGAAGCACUGAAUCGGCACUGUUGUGGAGAUAGUGCGGGGAAGGUGGAGAAAUGGAAAGAGGCUCUUGAAGAAGUGGGCAAUGUUUCCGGUUGGGAUGUUCAGAACAAGUAG